CACUCGGCUUCGGGACUGACUGCGAUCGGGCACCGCGCAGACCUUCAAGGGGACACGGCGCUGUGUAUCCACUGCUCUGUGCCUUUCGAUCUAAAUCUAUUCUUUUAAAGCAUACUUCUAAGAUAUCCGUUCGUGAUGCUUUUAUGCAGCGUCAUCUUUGUUUUAGAGAUUCGGUAUAUUUCUUUGUUCUUUUAGAUGUGGAAUUUCUAAGCUGUUGAUUUGAAUUAAAAGACCGUCUUUUUUUCCUUCAUAGUGUUGUUUAAUUCCCCGUUUUUAACAAGAUCGCAGAUCAAGGGUGUUGCUGGAGAUCAGCGUCGGUUGAUUAGACGUGUGUCGAAGCCGAAGGCGUCACCGACCGUGACUUCUUGUACUUUCAUCAAUCUGUGUGCGUCGCACCAUCGUGGACUGGUGAUGCUUUGUGAAGUUUACGAUUUACAGGCUCGACACCUGGAUCCCUCAAUACAAGCUGAGGAGUCCUGAGUGAAAAUGAAGACCCUGGAGGAGCCUCCUUACCUGACAGUGGGCACGGACGUGAGCGCCAAGUACCGGGGGGCUUUCUGCGAGGCGAAGAUCAAAACCGCCAAGCGGCUGGUCAAAGCAAAGGUGACCUUUAAGCAGGACUUGUCAACGGUGGAGAUACAUGACGAGCACAUCAGAGGACCGCUGAAGGUGGGGGCUUCAGUGGAGGUGAAGAUCCAAGAUGGGGUGUACCAGGAGGCCACCAUCACCAAGCUGACGGAUGCCAGCCUCUACACCGUAGUGUUUGACGAUGGCGAUGAGAAGACCCUGAGGCGAUCAUCCCUGUGCCUAAAAGGAGCGAGGCACUUUGCGGAGAGCGAGACGCUGGACCAGCUCCCCCUCACCAACCCCGAGCACUUUGGCACGCCGGUCAUUGGAAAGAAGGGCAGUCGCGGCAGGCGCUCCAAUCAAGUCCAAGAAGAGGAGCUGUCUUCAUCCUCCAGCGAGGAGGAGGAGGCAGAGCGGCCGGUGAACGACGAGCUGCUAGGAAAGGUGGUGAGCGUGGACUGCGUCGCCCCUGGCGACAAAAAGAAGAGUGCCUGGUACCCGGCGCUGGUCAUUUCGCCCGACUGCAGCGAGGAACUGACGAUGAAAAAGGACACAGUCCUCGUCCGCUCCUUCAAGGACGGGAAAUUCUACACUGUGUUACGGAAGGAUGUCCAGGAACUGGAUGACGAAAGUCCCCCUGAAGCAGAGCUUGGACUCAAGGCAGCACUGGACGGGGCUUUGGAUUUCCUCCGGAGUGGACUGGUGCCUGCCUCCUGGAGAAGGGAAGUAAAGGAGGACACCUCCAGCAGUGAAGAGGAGGAUGUGGAUGAGGAAGAGGCUCAGGAGGGGAAUGCCAGCAGCGAGGAGGAGGAGGAGGAGGAAGUGGAGCCUUUUCCUGAGGAAAAAGACAACUUCCUGCAGCAGCUUUACAAGUUCAUGGAGGACAGAGGAACCCCCAUCAACAAGCGGCCAGUGCUGGGCUACAGGAACCUCAACCUGUUCAAGCUCUACAGGCUAGUGCACAAACUUGGGGGCUUUGACAGCAUCGACAGCGGCUCUGUCUGGAAGCAGGUGUACCAGGACCUGGGAAUCCCAGUGCUCAACUCGGCUGCCGGCUACAAUGUGAAAUGUGCCUACAGGAAGUAUCUCUAUGGCUUUGAGGAAUACUGCUCCUCAUCUGGGAUCUCCUUCAAGAUGGACCUCCCUCAGAAGCCAGUUGAAAAGCAGAGCCACAAGGCAGAUGAGGUGAAGGCCGAGAUGGACGGAACGGGCUCUUCAGAUGCCCCCCCGACCCCCACGCCCUCCAGCCCCCAGCCCCCGGUGGAGCCGAACCCCUGUGAGGAGGAGCAGCCACAAGUCACACAGCCUGUUGGCUGCAAGGAGGAGAAGACGAGUACCAGUGGGCCGGGCGACAAUGAACCAGCAGCCCCCAGUCCAAAGAAGGAGGAGGAGGAGCAGGAGGAAGAGGAGGAGGGCAAGGACUCUGUAAGGAAGGAUGACGGACAUGGGGACUGUGGUCCAGGAAUGGAAGACGUGAAGCUGGAGGAACAUGACGACCAGGAGACUCAAGAGAAACAGGGGGAUGACAGCAGCCAGGAGGGGGAAGGGGAGGAGUUUGAGUGUUACCCCCCCGGCAUGAAGGUGCAGGUGAGGUAUGGUCGGGGCCGCAAUCUGAAGACAUACGAUGCCACUGUGAAAGAGUCGGACCUGGAAGGGGGAGAGGUGCUCUACCUGGUGCACUACUGCGGCUGGAACAUCAGGUAUGACGAGUGGGUGAAAGCAGACAAGAUCGUGCGGCCGGCCAACAAGAACGUAAGGAAAGUGAAGUACCGCAAGAAAAUAAAGAACAAAACGGAAAGGGAGAAAGAGAAGACUGACCGACUGACGGAUGGGGAAGAGACCCCUCCCUCGGUGAACAGCCGGCCCCAUCGCUUGCCCAAGCCCCCCUCUCACGAUGGCAAAUCUCUGGAGCAGCCUCUGUCGAAGCCCGUGGAGAUCACGUCCAUCCUUAAUGGCCUGCGAGCAUCCGAAAGUUCAACUGAGGAGGAGAGUGAACAUGAGUACGACGACUGUGAGAAUGACGAAGAUGAGUGUCUGGGGGCCCAUGGUGGCCCCGGGAGGAUUGCCCCUGACGAGGGGCUGUGUGUGGAAGAGCUCUGGGAGGGAGGCCCCCCACUAGAGGGCGCCCAGAACGUAUUGGUGGAGAGAGAACAGACUUUAGGCUGCCAGGACUGUGCAGAGAGCGGCAGGCACAAGACUGAGCUGGAAACUGAGGGGGAGUCGGGUGCCCGAAAGAGGAGGGCAGAGGGCCAAGGGGAGCGCAAACUCAAAGGGGCAUGUAAAAACAAGCCCAGGGUUGGUGGCACCUGCAGGAACGCAGACUGGCCACUCAGCGGCUCCCCCAAGAGACCGGAGGACAGAAGCGCAGUCCCUCGCAAAGAGGGGAGCCUCACGUCCAGCAGCAGUUCAGAGGAUGAGGAUGACGAGGACGGCCCCAGGGAGUCACGAGAGACUGGGGAGCAGCAACAGACCAGAAGCAAACAGACCCCCAACAAGCGGAAAAAUGGACUAAAGGAGAAAUCAAAGGCAGCGCGACCCGUGGGCUUCUGGGAGGUGUCGGAGAAGAGGCCCAAACUGAGCGUGACUGCAGAGGAGAGGCUGACUGGCGGCACACGGCCCAAAGGUCACAAGGACGUCUGGUCCAGCAUCCAGGAACAGUGGCCCAAGAAGACCCUGAAGGAGCUGUUCUCAGACUCGGACACUGAGGCUGCAGGCUCGCCGGCGCCAGCCAUGCUGGGCAGCGAGGAGCCCGGAGCCGACCCGGGGCUGGAGGACAUGGAGGGGGAUGCCGGUGUGGCCCAGGACGAGCCGGAGCCGGAGAAGACCUGCGAGUUCUCUGGCAGUGGCAGCAACUCUGUGCUGAACACACCACCCACCACACCUGAGUCUCCCCAUGAGGUCUCGGGCAUUGCCGAUGUGGACCCCCCCACGGAGCCAGAGAACCCUGCCUCCCCGCCAUGCCCCUCCCCUCCCCAAGCUGUAGCCCCUCCCCCACACUUGGCCCCUCCCCCACCCUUGGCCCCUCCCCCUGCCCCACCCUCCCCCUCUGGCCCCACCCCUGAGGAGAGUAGCGGCGGCCGCAGUGAGACAGACAGCAGCGCGGUGGAGGUGGAGAGCCUUGGGGUGGAGGUGCAAGAGCUGGCCCAGGAGGAGAGGGCCAGCUCCCCACCAGGGGCCUUCGACGUGGGCCUCUCCUCCACCUCCUCCUCCUCCUCUUCCUCCUCCUCUUCCUCCUCGAGCAGCAGUAACUGCAGUCUGGCCCUGAGCAGCAGUGGGCAGCUGGAGAGCGAGCAGAUGGUCAGAGCUGCAGUGACCCACAAGCGCCUGCGGGAGGCGCCAGCAGGCACUGCUCCCAAGAAACCCAAGCGGAGUCAUAGGAGCUCGGGUGUGCAACCCAAAAAGAGCCGGAAAGCAGCACACAGCAGUGACAGUGAAGACCAGGCCCCCGGCGACAGCGCUUCCAAAUCCCCAGCCUCCAAGCCGGCUGGCAGAGCCCCCCCUACUGGCCACAGAUGCCACAGGCCUGCGGACUCGGACCAGCAGCAGCACGGCCGUUCCACCCGCGUGUACAAGUGGAGCUUUCAGAUGUCCGAGCUGGAGAAGAUGAGUAGCCUGGAGAGGAUCACCUUCCUGCAGGAGAAGCUGCAGGACAUCCGGAACCACUACCUGGCCCUGAAGUCCGAGGUGGCCUCCAUAGACCGGAGGAGGAAGCGGCUAAAGAAGAAGGAACGAGAAAGUGCAGUGGCCACAUCAUCCUCGUCCUCGUCCCCCUCGUCCAGCUCGCUGACGGCAGCGGUCCUGCUAACUCUGCCGGAGCCCAUGUCAGGCUCCCCACAGGGCCCAGGGGUGUCGGUGGAGUGCAGGUGACAGGAUGCUAGGGGGAACCCGCUUUGCACUCUGCACUUACAGACAGAUUCGCCCCACCCCCAAGCUCCAUGACCAGGACGAGUCUGAUGAAUGAGUGAGGCACAAGACUACGGGGGGAUAACGCUGUCUCCGCUAGGCGAGGAGGUCUGUUUCUCUAUUGACAGCUGUUUUCUUGGGAAGCAAACACUGCACUGAAGUGCACUUUUAUCAGCCGGGGGGGUGGGAGGGGGGUUAACCAACAAAAAAUACAGUCCACUUGACAUUUCUGUUAACGUUACGGUUCUUAAAAUGUAUUUUUUUCAAGCAAUAAUUGUUUUGUGUGCAUUUUUACGCAUAUAUGUCAGAAUGUGUGUGUGUGUGUGUGUGUGUGUGUGUGUGUGUGUGUGUGUGUGUGAGAGAGAGAGAGAGAGAGAGAGAGAGAGAGAGAGAGAGAGAGAGAGAGAGAGAGAGAGAGAGAGAGAGAGACAGAGCACAGAGCGUUGACAGAAUGUACACACAAGGAGGACCUUGUGAUGAUAAUGAGAUGAUCACGUGACCAACGUGGUCAUUUAUUAACAUUUCCGUAAUGACAAUAAGGAAAUGCGGCCGUACAUCCUGAAUAACUCCCUUGUUAUUGAGCACAGUGGGGGGAUUAGAGUAGGUUCACAUUUAGUCAGUAGUGGUAUUUACCACCACGCAAGCUCCUGGGGGCCCCUGUUGACCACAAAUUGUUACUACACAAAAUAUUAAAUAAAUGUGUUCCUUAUUUAGGAGAUUAUUCGGCAGCGGGGGCCGAAGUGAGGGAGGUUCCAAAAACAGCAUCCUCUCCUGCUUUCGGUGCCAUGUGCUAUGUGACCUUCGAUUGUGGCUGAAAGCUGGCAGAAAGGCAUUGUGGGAAUGUACCAUGAGUGUUCUGUGAGUACUUAACAUUGACUACAUAUCGACCUCAUCACUGAAAUACCUGGACUCAUAAAGGGAAUCAUAAAGCACCAAUAUAAAAUAUUUCAUUUUUUAUUUCUCUAAUCAAAACCAGAAGAAAUACUCUGAAGUUUACAUUUAUAAAGAUUGCAGUGUUAAGAAUGUUCGAAAGCUAUUUUAUUUGUGAUUGAAAUGUGUUCAACUACUGAUUGAUACCAAAUAGUUAAUAUGGCAGUAAUUUAAGUGCAAUGCUUAAAAAGCCCGAGCCUGGGUAAGGCAGCCGAUGGUUCUGUGAAGGUGGGAGAAUGUGCGUAUACUUGACUGUGACGCCGGAGGCAUUUUGGGGGAACGUCUGUAAGCUGUCCGUUUUUUUCCAUUCGGAGUACUGUGCAUCCCAAACACUUGAAGAGUGCUGCCAUCUACUGGCUCUGGACUGCUACUACAGAAAACCAACUCUCAGUAAUGUCUCCAUACUUUCAUGCACACAUUCUUCGAUUUGCACCGUCUUUCACUCACCGUCUUUCACCAGGGUUUGCGAUUGGAAUUUAACGUAGCCGGCAGUGUUAUUUUUAAGCAGACGCUCGUACGGUCUGAUGAAGUCAGCCCCACUCUUUAUAAAGUGAUCCGCCUUGCUUUAAGGUUUAUAUAUACUGUAUAUUAUCCAGGCAACGAAAGACUUACAUUACGGUAAACACGCACUUAUGAUAUGUGUACGUAUUAAUGUAUCCUUCUCAUGGACUUCUUGGGAGAGAACCUGAUGACCUGCUCUCUUUGGCACUCGUCUGUAAUCGUAUGCCUUUGUAUUACGUUUGUAUAUUGAGAAGUGUGUUUCAAGUCAAACUAUUUAAUAUCUUGCACACUGUUAAUAUGUUGAACUUUUCUGUCUGGACUUUUACCGUUUUACUGUAGUUUUGUGUACAUCCCCCAGUGUAAAUGCAUGUUUUAUUUGUUGUCAUUGUGUGAAAGUUUCAUUAAGUGUGUGGGUGUGUUUUUUCUCUUUUUUUAACCCUUGUUCCGUUUUAAAAUACUUUUUUUUUGGAAUGUCGGCUUUGUAUCAAAUAGCUUGUGCUCACAUUCGAAACAUUUUUAAGAUGGUUUCAAUAAGUAUUUUCCAACUUGUACAUGGGUUGUAAAGUUUUAUGGAUCUUUGCAAAAAAUCAAAUGCUCUUGGAGAGAGACAAAGGGGGCAUGAAGCUUAUAAGGAAACUGUAAAGUAUUUAUUAGAUUCUUCAGAGGGAUCUUGUGUAAUUUAUUGUACAGAUGUAAGCAAAAUAUGCCUCUGUUGGAAAUAAAUGCCAUAGUUUGUGA